GUACUUAAUGAUCACAUGACCCUGGACAUGGAUGCUGUCCUGUCGGAUUUUGUCCGUUCCACAGGCGCAGAGCCUGGGCUGGCCCGAGAUCUCCUGGAAGGAAAGAAUUGGGACGUGAGUGCCGCCCUCAGUGAUUUUGAACAGCUACGUCAAGUUCGUGCUGGGAACCUGCCGCCACCCUUUAGUGAAGGGAGUGGUGGCUCCAGGACCCCUGAAAAAGGGUUUUCUGAUAGAGAGUCUGCCCGCCCUCCCCGGCCCACCCUACAGCGGCAGGAUGACAUCGUUCAAGAAAAACGCCUGUCUAGGGGCAUCUCCCACGCCAGCUCCAGCAUUGUUUCCCUGGCCCGAUCCCAUGUCUCCUCCAAUGGUGGGGGUGGGGGGAGCAGUGAGCACCCCCUGGAAAUGCCCAUCUGUGCCUUCCAGCUUCCAGAUCUCACUGUGUACAACGAAGACUUCCGCAGCUUCAUAGAAAGAGACCUUAUUGAACAGUCCAUGUUGGUUGCCUUGGAACAGGCAGGGCGUUUGAACUGGUGGGUGAGUGUGGACCCUACCUGCCAGAGGCUGCUUCCUUUGGCAACUACUGGGGAUGGAAACUGCCUUCUCCAUGCAGCCUCCCUAGGCAUGUGGGGUUUCCAUGAUCGGGACUUGAUGUUGCGUAAAGCUUUGUACGCACUGAUGGAGAAAGGAGCUGAGAAGGAAGCAUUAAAACGGCGCUGGAGGUGGCAGCAAACACAGCAGAAUAAGGAGUCAGGGCUGGUUUACACAGAGGAUGAGUGGCAGAAGGAAUGGAAUGAGCUGAUCAAGCUUGCCUCGAGUGAACCCCGCAUGCAUCUAGGUACCAACGGAGCCAACUGUGGUGGGGUGGAGAGCUCAGAGGAGCCCGUGUAUGAGAGCCUAGAAGAAUUCCACGUCUUUGUCCUUGCCCACGUACUUAGGAGGCCCAUAGUUGUUGUGGCCGACACCAUGCUGAGGGACUCUGGUGGGGAAGCAUUUGCCCCUAUUCCCUUUGGGGGAAUCUAUCUGCCUUUGGAGGUCCCAGCCAGCCAGUGUCACCGCUCCCCUCUGGUGCUCGCCUAUGAUCAGGCCCACUUUUCUGCACUUGUGUCCAUGGAGCAGAAGGAGACCGCCAAGGAACAAGCUGUAAUCCCACUCACGGAUUCGGAGCAUAAGCUGCUGCCCUUGCACUUUGCUGUGGACCCUGGAAAGGGCUGGGAGUGGGGCAGAGAUGACAGUGACAACGUCCGAUUGGCCAGUGUAAUCCUGUCCCUAGAGGUCAAAUUGCACCUGCUGCAUGGCUACAUGAAUGUGAAGUGGAUCCCAGUGUCCUCUGAUGCACAGGCUCCUCUGGCCCAACCUGAGUCCCCCACAGCCUCAGCUGGAGAUGAGCCCCGGUCCACUCCUGAGUCUGGGGAAUCAGACAAAGAGUCCGUCGGCAGCAGUUCCACGAGCAAUGAGGGCAGCAAGCGGAAAGAGAAGGCAAAACGAGGUCGAGAGAAAGACAAGAAGAGAGCAGACUCCGUGGCUAACAAACUGGGCAGCUUUGGCAAAACCUUGGGCAGCAAGCUCAAGAAGAACAUGGGCGGCCUGAUGCACAGCAAGGGUUCUAAGCCCGGAGGGAUGGGAGCAGGGGCGGGGGUAAGCAGCGGCACUGAGACACUGGAGAAGAAGAAGAAGAACUCCCUGAAGAGCUGGAAGGGGGGCAAGGAGGAGGCAGCCGGGGACGGGCCUGUGUCUGAGAAGCCCACGGCGGAGUCUGUCGGUAACGGAGGGAGCAAGUAUAGCCAGGAGGUGAUGCAAAGCCUGAGCAUCAUGAGGAUUGCAAUGCAAGGGGAGGGGAAGUUUAUUUUUGUUGGAACCCUGAAGAUGGGUCACCGCCAUCAGUAUCAGGAGGAAAUGAUCCAGCGCUACCUUUCUGAUGCUGAAGAGCGAUUCCUGGCAGAGCAGAAGCAGAAGGAAGCAGAGAGGAAGCUCCUGAAUGGAGGGCUAGGCGGCGGGCCUCCUCCAGCCAAAAAGCCAGAGCCAGAUGGUGGGGAGGAGUUGCUGACUGCCCCUCCAGCAGAGUCCAAGGCGAUGGCAUUCUCUGCUGGCUACCCCGGGGGCUUUACUGUCCCUCGGUCUACAGGGGCUGGGGUCCACUGCCAGGAGCCCCGGCGGCAGCUGGCAGGGGGUCCUUGUGGGGGAGGCCUACCACCAUAUGCCACCUUCCCCAGACAGUGCCCUCCAGGGCGACCCUACCCCCAUCAGGACUGCAUCCCUUCUCUGGAGCCAGGCAGUCACUCCAAGGAUGGCGGUCACAGGGGUGCGUUGUUACCACUCCCCUUCCGCGUGGCUGAUUCCUAUAGCAACGGCUACAGAGAGCCCCCUGAGCCAGAUGGAUGGGCUGGAGGUCCCCGGGGGCUUCCUCCGGCCCAGACCAAAUGCAAACAACCGAACUGCAGCUUCUAUGGACACCCGGAGACAAACAACUUCUGCUCCUGCUGUUACAGGGAAGAACUGAGGAGGAGGGAGCGGGAACCCGGUGGGGAGCUGCUGGUGCACAGGUUCUGA